CGCGUUGUUCAUUUUUCACCACGAGGGGGCAAAGUUGAUUAGUUUCACUUCCAAAAUGGCUGCUGACCCCGUGCGGGAGUGGAGCGACGAGCAGUUAAAAAGUGACGACUUACCAAAAAAAGACAUUAUAAAAUUCAUUCAAGAGAAUGCUGCACACUCGUUUCUCAAUGAGCACAAGCUUCUGGGGAACAUGAAAAAUGUUGCAAAAACAGCCAAGAAAGAACAAUUGAUCAUUGCCUACAAUCAGCUCUUUCAGAGUAAAAGGUUUAAAGGUUCAGAACCCAUAGAAGAAGUGACGGAGAAAGUUAAAGCAGUGAAAAUUGAAGACAAGCCCAAAGAAGCCAAAGCAGAGGUUGUGGAUGAGGGCCCACCUAGGUAUACCAAGUCAGUGUUGAAAAAAGGCGACAAAACCAACAUCCCAAAGAAAGGAGAUACUGUGAGCUGCUGGUACACUGGUACUUUGGAAGACGGAACUGUGUUUGACACAAAUAUUCCUACAGCAGCCAGAAAAAAGAAGCAAGCAAAACCACUGAGUUUCAAGGUUGGAAUGGGAAAAGUCAUCAGAGGGUGGGAUGAGGCCCUUCUUACAAUGAGUAAGGGCGAACAAGCCAGACUGGAGAUCGAACCAGAGUGGGCCUAUGGGAAAAAGGGUCUUCCUGAUUCCAAAAUUCCACCUAAUGCCAAGUUGAUUUUUGAAGUCGAACUUGUGGCUGUGGACUAAGUAAAAACGUUGACUAGCAUGCAUCUGAUCGUAAGGAUGGACAACACCUGACCGAAGACCGUUCUGUUGCACUUUUCAGUUUACUGGUAUAUGUACUCACUGGGUUUCUUAAAAAAUAAAAAUGUUAAUUGGCCUUAAA